GCAAGGCGCUUCUUUAGUCGUAAAUGAUGAGUCGCUUAGCUUUGCUUGUGGUCUUCUUGGUAGGUGCCGCCGUGGCCGUCCCAACGGCGGACAAGCGGAUCGCCGGUGGAAUUCCGGCCGAACAGGGCGAAGCCCCGUGGAUGGUGUCGAUGCGGAACUCGCUGAACAUCCACUUCUGCGGAGGUACCCUGCUGAACAGCCGGUUCGUGUUGACGGCGGCGACCUGCAUGCAGGGACGUCUGUCCAGUGCGACGAUGGCCGUGUUGGGUUCCCGGUUCCUUAACACCGUUGCCGCUCCGUACUACGGUCUGCAGACCAUCACCCACCCGCAGUUCAACCAGAACACGCUGGAGUUCAACGUGGCCCUGUUCCAGACCAUUCAGAACGUGAUCUUCACCUCGAUCGUGCAGCCGAUCCAGCUGGACGCGAACUUCAUCGAGCCGGGUAGCCGUGGACGCAUGUUCGGCUGGGGUCACACCGAGGAGGGAAGCGGCAACUCGAACGCGCUGAACUUCGUCAACCUGAACGUGAUCAACAACGACAACUGCCGUAACUUCCUGGGAGCGGACGGAGUGCGAGUUGGGGAGUCUUCGCUGUGCACGCUGAACCGCGAGGGACAGGGACUGUGUACGAACGACGCGGGGGGUGCGCUGACCCUGGACAACAUGGCCAUCGCGGUGGCUUCGUGGAAGAUCCCGUGCGCCACUGGCCGCCCGGACGUCUUUGUGCGCGUUUCGGCGAUUCGCGAUUGGGUCGUGAGCAUUAUCUAGACGUUUGACACCCAGCAGUGCCAGCAGUGGCGAGUUGAUAAAAUCGUUCGAUUUUGAUUCGUGUGACAAGCCCGCGCUGAUAAAGAAUUUAUAUUUUAACUUUUUGCACACAAAAAAAAACGAUCAAACAAUGUCUUAUCUGGCUUCGAAAUAUAGAGACGGUGUGUUUUACGGCAA